AUGAGACCUUCAAGCCCUACUCUUUGCCUCUUACCAUUUCUUUUUCUCACUCUACUGCAGAGACCCACCUUUGCCUCCAAAAAGUCAUAUGUGGUGUACUUGGGAGGGCAUUCACACGGCCCAAAACUCUCGUCCUUCGAUGCAAAUCUUGUAAAGGAUUCUCAUUAUGAAUUUCUUGGAUCGUUCUUGGGAAGUCGUGAAUUCGCUCAAGAUGCUAUAUUUUACUCGUACACAAGCCACAUCAAUGGCUUUGCUGCAAAUUUAGAAGGUGAAGUAGCAGCUGAGAUAGCUAAGCAUCCAAAAGUAGUGUCGGUCUUCUUGAACCGAGGAAGAAAACUACACACAACUCAUUCAUGGAGCUUUCUUGGACUCGAAAAAGAUGGAGUGGUUCCUUCUAGCUCAAUUUGGAAGAAAGCAAGAUUUGGUGAAGAUACAAUUAUUGGAAACCUAGAUACUGAGUCAGAAAAUUGGUGGCGGCCUGGUGGGGAUAUUCAAAAGGGCCGAUGGAUUUUGUGGAAUCUGUAUAUGCGGCAAAUGAUUUCAAUAAAGUCAAAUAUUCCUUCUUCAUUAUGGAAGCUUGUUGGAGCCAGAUACUUCAACAAAGGGUAUGCUAAUAUUGUUGGUCAUCUCAAUUCCUCCUUCGAUACUCCUCGAGAUGACGAUGGUCAUGGUUCCCAUACCCUAUCAACAGCAGGAGGCAACUUUGUAGCUGGAGCAAAUGUCUUUUACUUGGGCAACGGAACUGCAAAAGGAGGGUCACCAAAUGCCCGGGUGGCAGCUUACAAGGGGGAGAGUUUAUCACCUAAGGCCUUGACAAAGAAUAAGUUCUUCCCGCUUAUGAGUGCUGCAGAUGCUAGAGCAACUAAUGCAUCAAUUGAAAAUGCUUUGCUGUGCAAGGCUGGAUCACUUGAUCCCAAAAAAGCGAAGGGGAAGAUCUUAGUCUGUCUUCGAGGUAUAAAUGCAAGAGUGGACAAGGGUCAGCAAGCUGCCUUGGCUGGUGCUGUAGGGAUGGUUCUUGCCAAUGAUAAGGAUACUGGGAAUGAAAUUCUUGCCGAUCCUCACGUUCUUCCUGCAUCGCAUAUCAAUUACGUCAGCGGCGUUGCUAUCUUCAAAUAUAUUAAUUCCACUAAGUCUCCCAUUGCUUAUAUCACUCGUCCAGAAACAAAAAUAGGCACGAAGCCAGCCCCCUUCAUGGCUGCUUUUUCAUCCAAGGGACCCAACACCGUUACACCAGAGAUUCUUAAGCCUGACAUCACAGCACCAGGAGUGAGUGUAAUAGCUGCUUACACUGAAGCACAGGGACCAACAAACCAAGACUUUGAUACACGACGAGUAGUAUUUAAUUCAGUAUCAGGAACUUCAAUGUCUUGUCCUCAUGUUUCAGGCAUAGUUGGCCUUCUUAAAACUCUGCAUCCUACUUGGAGUCCUGCAGCAAUUAAAUCGGCAAUUAUGACUAGUGGUGAGUGCAGUUGCAAACUAAGAGAACUCUAG